UAGUUUAAGGUAAACAUAAAUUUGUCCGCUGCAUAUUAAACCAUACUCCAAGAAUAGUUGGUUUUCUGGAAAUACAAUUAAAAAAAUACGUUCACUUUAUAAAAUGCGGUUUAAUCCCUCCUUAGUGACUUUUAGCUAUUUAGUGUGCAUCAUCCUGGCAAUAAAAGCGUCAUCCGAGGAUGAUUUGGCUUCUGACGAAAUUGUGAAAUCUAAAGGAGAUGAGAAAGGUGGCCUACUUUCGCUGGACGAGCGUGUGACGAAACCAACCAUUAUCGGAGAAGAUAACUCCAUAGUAGAGUUGGAAACGGAAAUUGAUUACUUUUCAGUUUUGGCGAAAUUCAAGAAUUUUAAAGGUGAAGUUCUCGAAAAAAAUGUCUGCCUCCUGACCACAGACGCCUUAAAAUUUCUCCUGAAAGGAAAAUGGAUCGCUCUGGCGGUAAAAUGUGAACCAAUUUGCACAUUUUCACCUGAGGAAGUCGCCCAUUUAAGACAAUCUGAAUUAACUGAUGUCAAUCUUAAAUCUGCCGUUUGGAAUUGCAUCCGCGAUAAUUAUUUAAAAGAUUACGAAGCCUUCAAAAAGUUGCAUGAAUAUUUGGUCUAUAUGCAGGCGAAAAUUGAUAAGAGUGAAAGUAGUAAGGAUAAGAGUAAGGAUCCUGAUACAGAACGUGAUGAGAGUGAAACAAAUAGUAAGAAUAAUGAUGGAAUUGAACGUGAUGAACUGUAAUCAAUAUAAUUUGGUAAUAAAAUUGUCACCGAAGUAUUAAGGAUCUAAAUGAUAAUUCAUUAAAAAUCUUCAAAAAAUG